GAGCCCUAAAACCGCUUUCUCUACCCGACCGCCAGUUGCGUUCGCUGCUCUUGCCCGGGAGGUUCCAGAGGUCCGGAAGAGAACUGUCCAAGAUGGCCGCGCCUACCAGCCCCACCCUGAAGGACCUGCCGAAGGUGGCGCCCGACGUCAAGUCUGAGCUGGAGGGCUUCACGCCCGACAAGCUGAAGCACACCGAGACGCAGGAGAAGGUGGUGCUGCCCACCAAAGAGGACGUGCAGCAGGAGAAGACGCAUAACGCGUUGCUGCAGGGCGUCGAGGGCUUCGACGCCGACCAGCUCAAGAAGACGGAGACGCAGGAGAAGAACCGGCUGCCGUCGCCCGACGACUUGCAGCAGGAGAAGACGCACCAGAAUCUGCUGUCUGGAGUCGAGACCUUUGACAAGGACUCCAUGAAGAACGUAACUCCCGCGGAAAAAACGCACCUUCCCAGCACCGAAGAGAUUCAGCAGGAGAAGACGAUGCAGACGCAUUUGGACGGCAUCGAGAAGUUCGACGCCAACAAGCUGAAACACACCGACACCGUGGAGAAAAACCCCCUCCCUACGGCUGACGACAUCAAGACGGAGAAGUCUGCGUAAUCAGCGUGCUCGCCGCGCCUGCCAUUAUUGCUGCGGCCCGACGGCGAGACCACGCCCCGCGACCGAUUGGCUGCCCCGCGCCGAUGCCGGGCCCCGCGGCACCCGGGCGGGUCCGUCCUGCCCGCUUCCGCGCGCAGAACUGAACGGUGCUGAUAUCGUCUCGCCGGGCGCGCGCUUCUGAGUAACACGUGUCCUUAUUCUAAUAGUUUCUCGUGGUACGGCCUAGGCGUGUUUAUCGUUUUCUUUGCCGAUGGAGCGGUAAUCAAAUGUGAAUUUUUUUAGCAUUUAGUCGAUGAGUACCGGUUUAUUGCCGUUCGAUUUUCCCUUGUAUCUUGAUAUAGGACGCCGUGAGCUGCUUUCGACUUGAAGUAAGCCGUCGCGAAAUAAAUUUUGUAUUAAAUGCAAAGAUGUGUGAA